UUGACUCAUUCACUUCCUCGAAAUGCCUUCUAAUUUUUACUUUUUCUUUUUCGCAUUCCUAAUUUUUCUUAUAACUCCAACAUACCCGCUCCAAUGCCAUCAAUGCGGAGGUCAGGAAAACAUGUCUAAGCUAACAAAGAAAAUGUUCACUGAACUGAAUAUCAGCCCUGAUAAGUACUACGGAGAUUGUAAAGCAACGUCCGGUGCCGAUGUUUGUACCAAUGGAACAUUUUGUAUCAAAAGAGCAAAAAUCCACAGAGUUGGCUUCAAUAGUAUCAAUUUCAAAUGGACUUCAUACACAAAGGGAUGCGCUAGCGUUCGCGAAGACAACAAUCAGACUCCAUCAAACGGAUGUUUUGACUUGAACCAAAAGGUCAAGAAAACUGGAUAUACUACUGAGCGCCUCGAUUGCUAUUGUGACAAAGACUUCUGCAACUCCUCGACGGCCGUUUCAAUGACUUUCACCACAGUAUUUGUGUUCUUCUGGUUCUACAAAUCAAUUUGAGAAUGAUGUUAGAAAUAUUUCUUGUUGAAAAAUAUUGGGAAUUAGUAAUUUAUGUAGCUUGAGAAUAAUUGCUUGGGUUUCUGCUUUUCACUAUAAAUUCAAAAUUUGAGAUC